AUGCGUCACUGCAGGGAUCCGCUGUACCAGAUGACGAUUGGACAACGUGAAACAUUAUCAUUUUACGACAUCAAAAUGGUCAAUCAGGCCUACUGCAAAGGACAUUGCAAAAGAAAAGACGAAUGCAAAAAUGGUGGCUAUUUGAAUCCCAGCAACUGUAAUGUAUGCCUCUGUCCAAGUGGCUUUGGUGGCGCAUUGUGUGAAAAACAAGACAUCACAAAUUGUGAGUAUGUUUUCGACACACUAGCAGUGAUAUCGUUAACAAAGUGUCAGUAA